ACCCUCCACAGAGAGAGAGAGAGAGAGAGUUGUUUUAGAGUUUAGUUUACAUAAGCACAACAUUAAACCUUAAAUUGGACGCACUCACUUCAUUAACAGGAACAAACAGCUUAGCUUCGAAGGUAUGGCCGAGGAUCGCACCGAUGAAGCAGCCACCGUGCCUCCUCCACGCACCUCCAUUCCCUCCGGCGAUAACUUCGUUUGGGCCGAUGUGUCGCCGCUCCUCCAAGCCGCUUGCCAAGAUCUUCAAGAGGGAGAACUCAUUCACGGAGAUAAUUUCAAUCUCUUUGCUGCGAUGUCCGCUUUGGAGAUAAUGGACCCAAAGAUGGAUUCGGGUAUUGCUUGUACUUACUACUCUCUUGAGGAAGCCAUUCAGAACGGUGCUGCUCCAGUUCCUAUUAGUGCUGAUAAAGCUACUAAUAUUCGAUGCACAAUUGACAUCAUGGACCAUCUACUUGCAUGCGAGGCAACAUGGCACAAGGGUCAUUCAUUGGCACAAACUGUCUAUUCUUGCAUCUAUCUCCUACAUCUGGAAAGGACAUCAUCAUAUGCCCUGUUGCACUCUUACUGUAAAGUCAUACGUGCAACCUGCAAAGCAGUUCUUUCAGUUGUCUCGGAUUCACGUACACAUGAAGAAGAGGAUCUAUUUACCAUGGCAUAUGGCCUUCCUCUGGGUGGAGAUGGAGAUGAAAAGUGUUUAUCAAUGCUAAAUGCUGUCGAAGAAACCAUUUCUCGUCAAUUGCGUGCUUGUAAAGCUUCAUCAUCAAAAAGAAGAGUAUCGGAAGAUGUAGAGCCACUUCAAAAUAAUCCUGAUCUGGAAGAAGGCUACUGCAAAGCACUGUUAUGUCGUUUACGUUUUCGUAAGCAUUUUUAUCAUCUUUUGGUGUCUAUGAAACGACCCCAAGGAAGAGGUUUGGAAUUGGCAAGAAAACACAUAGAUUCAUGCACCUCAGAGAUUGAUAACAUUCGGAAAUCUUCAGAGUUUCUUAGAGCUAGUGCUCAUGAGAUAUCUGAGCAAAACAUAGACAAUACAACUGCAUCUGGUUGUCAACCAAUUGGCUUUGAUGCUAGUUUAAACUGUAGAUUAUCAGCCCCGACACCACCACGGGCAAUCAAAAUUUUUUGUUGGGAAAAGGCUCUUGAAUAUUUUAUGAAACUUCUUCAAGAUCUAGACAUCAUAUGUUCCUACUCGUUGGACCCAUCACUGGAGGCUGCUUUACUCUUUGUGGUUAAAUUCCAGAAAUCACAACCUGAUUUGGUUUCUAGAGCUCAUCUUCAGCUUCUCCUGGUCCAGGAUGGCAAACUCUAUGGUCGGGAUCCUAUGUUUUCUAUGAUUACUAGAGCUGCUGGAUUACCUGAAGUCACAAAGAAUCAUGACAUCCAAAAAAAUGAAUUUAUGGUGCAGCUAGGACAGUUGGUGAUAAAUUUACUCAAAAUUCUUUGUACAAAUGCUGCAUGGCAAAGGCGUAAGCUAGGCAAAAUGUUACAAGACUGGCGUGUCACCUACGUACAGCUGGAGCUGGCUUUUAAAAAGGAGUUUGGAGAAGUUUCAAACAUUUCAAACAAUGAGAAUGUGUGUUUCAAAAUAUACCAACACAUUAUCGCGUGGGUGGAAGAGCAAACUUAUUGGAUAGCUUUCCGAUUUCUCAUUUUGGGAUUUGAAUUGGAGCUCUAUUCUGCCCAUGAUUAUUGCAUGGUAUACUGGUAUAUUUAUGUUGUGUUGAUCAAGCUCGCAGAGAAGAAACAUCUCCGGAUGGCAAUGAGCAGUGGUGCUGCUAAAAAGAAGGCAAAGAAAAAAAGGGAUUCUUUAAAGGACACAGGAAUGGAUUAUCAGAUCCCAGCAGCUGUCUUGUUUCUUCAGAGCCAAAUAUAUCUAGCUGAAGGGCUAAGCAUGAUGUAUGCUGCUUUGAGAAAUGAGCGCAGAAUUAUUCCACCGCAAAGCCCUUUCAAUACAGAACAUGAGAUAUUUAUUCAACAAUUCGAGCUUUUACAGAAAGCUUGCCUUCCUGAUCACGUCUCAUAUGUGACAUUCAAGGAGUCAACUGUUCAUGCUAACUUCUCUACCCUUGUUAUGUAUGAUUACUUCAAGGAAGCUCAGAGGAUUGCAAAAGAGGUUAAAAGUAGUUUUGCUAAUGACCCUGACAAAAUGGCUGAGCUACGCAGAAUAGAGCAAGUAGCAGAGCACAACAGCAUUGCCUUAAAUGUCAUUUGCCGGGUAGGAGCCCUUGACCCAUCUUUGAAGAUUUCAUUCACGUUCUGUCAUCAUCCUUUCUUUGCAACUGCUAUUGUGAAGAGAUCUUGAUGGCAGAUUCAACCAGUUUUGAAACAUGUUAUAGGUUGUUAGGAGCAAAUUAGUUAUGUGGCAUUAACAGUUGUAACACUAGUAUUUAAUCAACAAAUUUUGUGGUUCAUAUAUUAGAUUGAAAUUG